AUGGCUUACUAUCUCACAGAUGGUAUUUAUCCAAAAUGGUCUACUUUUAUCCAAUCUAUUUCACUACCGCAAACUCCAAAAGACUGUUUCUUUGCUACACAUCAAGAAGCUGCACGUAAAGAUGUCGAGCGUGCUUUUGGAGUUUUGCAGGCUCGAUUUGCCAUAGUCAAAAAUCCGGCUCUUCUUUGGGAUAAGAAUAAAAUUGGAAAUAUAAUGAUAGCGUGUAUCAUACUGCACAAUAUGAUCGUAGAAGACGAACGAGAUGGAUACACUCUGUUUGAUCAAUCCGAAUUCACACACAUGGAGUCCAACCGAACUUCAGAAGUGGACUUCACCGUACCAACAACCAGGCCUUCAUGUGUCUCCACUAUGAUGAACAUUCGUUUGAGUGUUCGUGAUCGAGAUAAACAUAAACAGUUACAAGAUGAUUUGGUUGAGAAUAUUUGGGCAAAAUUUGGAGAAUACCAUUAA